AUGCGUAUAGCAAUAAUUGGAGCAGGAAGUGCUGGAUUAGCCGCCCUUCGACAAGUUACUUAUUAUUUAACUACUGAAGACAAUCAAAAUGAAGAUAAAGUUACUGAAGUUGUCUGUUAUGAAAAGACUGAUCAAGUUGGAGGUAUCUGGGUUUAUACACCAGAGACUGGCGUUGACCAAUAUGGACUGCCUAUUCAUUCCAGUAUGUACAAAAAUCUUCGAACCAAUUUGCCGAAAGAAGUGAUGGAAUUCCCAGAUUUUCCUAUGCCAGAGAACCCAAAAACCAAAGAAAUUUUCGACGCAGUUAUGGUCUGCAAUGGUCAUUACUUUGAACCAAGCUUACCAGUUAUUGAAGGACACAACAAGUUCCAAGGUCAACAAUUACACAGUCAUGAUUACCGUGAACCUGAAACUUUUGCUAACAAAACAGUAGUCGUAGUUGGAGCUGGGCCUUCGGGGAUGGAUCUUGCUUUGGAGAUAUCGAGUCAGGCUAAACAAGUGAUUUUUAGCCAUCAUAGUCGGAAACCAAUUCGUACUGUUUUUCCUGAAAAUGUUAUUCAGAAACCGGACAUUGCAAGAAUUGAAGAAACAGGAGUUGUAUUUUCAAAUGGUGAUUUUCAGAAGGUUGAUGUUAUCUUCUACUGUACCGGUUAUAGGUACAGUUUUCCAUUUUUGGCAAAAAGUUGUGGAAUAAAAGUUGAGUCAAAUAUGGUAACACCACUGUGGAAACACUUGGUAUCUAUUAAUAAUCCUACAUUAGCUUUCAUAGGGAUUCCAUAUUAUAUCUGCGCUUUCAACAUGUUUGAUUUACAGGUUCGAUUUUUGCUAAAAUUUUGGACAAGUGAAAAACAUUUUCCAAGCAAAGAAGAAAUGUUGGCAGAAGAAGCUACUGAGUUGAAGAAAAAGUUGGACAAAGGCUUAGAAAAACGUCAUUUUCAUAUGAUGGGUGCAGAGCAGGGUAACUAUUAUGAUGAUCUCUCUAACACUGCUGGAAUAACUCCACUACCUCCAGUGUUGACGAAACUUCACAACCACAGAACAAUAGUUGGAGCAGGAAGCGCUGGAUUAGCAGCUCUCCGUCACGUCGUUCUUCUUCUUGCCACUGAAGACCCUAAAAAUCAAGGUAAAGUCACUGAAGUUAUUUGUUACGAGAAGACUAAUCUAGUUGGAGGUACCUGGGUUUAUACUCCGGAAAUCGGCGUUGAUCAUUAUGGACUGCCUAUUCAUUCCAGUAUGUAUAAAAGUCUGCGGACUAAUUUACCAAAAGAAGUAAUGGGCUAUCCAGAUUUUCCAAUACCAGAAAACGAUAAGAGUUAUGUCACUCGAACUGAAAUUUUAGAUUUUCUUAAUAGUUACUGUGAUCACUUCAAAUUACGGUCUUACAUCAAAUUUCGUCACCAUGUUGAGUGUAUUGAACCUUCUGGAAAACUCGAAGAGAAUCAGGUACCGGGUUCAUCUACUAAAUGGACAGUAACAGUAAAAAAUUUGGAAACUGGCGUGGUAGCCAAAGAAAUUUUCGACGCAGUUAUGGUCUGCAAUGGUCAUUACUUUGAACCAAGCUUACCAAUUAUUGAAGGACACGAUAAGUUCCAAGGUCAACAAUUACACAGUCAUGAUUACCGUGUACCUGAAACUUUUGCUAACAAAACAGUAGUCGUAGUUGGAGCUGGGCCUUCGGGGAUGGAUCUUGCUUUGGAGAUAUCGAGCAAGGCUAAACAAGUCAUUCUGAGUCAUCACAAUCGCGAUCCUAUUCACACUGUCUUUCCUGAAAAUGUUAUUCAGAAACCAGAUAUAAAAAAAAUUGAUGAGACAGGACUUACAUUUUCUAAUGGAGAACAUCAGAAUGUUGAUGUCAUAUUCUACUGUACAGGAUACAAGUACAGUUUUCCUUUUCUGGCGAAAAGUUGUGGAGUUAGAGUUGAUUCAAAUAUGGUAACACCAUUAUGGAAGCAUUUGUUAUCUGUUGAAAAUUCAACGUUGGCUCUUGUAGGUUUACCAUUUUAUGUCUGUGCUUUCAGUAUGUUUGAUAUUCAGGUUCGAUUUGCCUUGAAGUUUUGGAUGAACGAAAAACAGCUGCCGAGUAAAGAAGCAAUGUUAGCUGAAGAAGCUGCCGAGUUGAAGAAAAAACUAGACAAAGGUCUGGAGAAACGUCACUUUCAUAUGAUGGGUCCAGAGCAAGGGGAUUACUAUGAUGAUCUAGCAAAAACUGCUGGAAUAACUCCUUUACCUCCAGUACUGACAAAACUGCAUAAUGAGAGCAGUAUGCGCUUCCUUGAUGAUCUUGUUCAUUAUCGGGAAGAUCGUUAUAAAAUAGUUGACGAUUUU